CCCGCGCGCACGGGCGAGCCCCACGCACAAUAGCGGCCGCCCCUAUUGUGGUUCCGAGCCCCAGCGCCAGCUAUGGGGAAGCCGGCGAGGAAAGGAUGCGACUGGAAGCGCUUCCUGAGGAAUAACUGGCUGCUGCUGUCCACCGUGAUCGCGGUGGUGCUAGGGAUUGUUAUAGGAGUCUUGGUUCGAGAAUACAGCAAGCUAUCUAACCUGGAGAAAUUCUACUUUUCCUUUCCUGGAGAAAUUCUGAUGAGAAUGCUGAAACUCGUCAUUUUACCAUUAAUUGUAUCCAGCAUGAUUACAGGUGUUGCUACACUGGAUUCCAACGUAUCUGGAAAAAUUGGUCUGCGUGCUGUGGUUUAUUAUUUCUGUACCACUCUCAUUGCCGUAGUUUUAGGUAUCGUGCUGGUGGUGAGCAUCAAGCCUGGUGUCACCCAGAAAGUGAAUGAAAUUGACAGGACAGGGAACACCCCUGAAGUCAGCACAGUGGAUGCCAUGUUAGACCUGAUCAGGAAUAUGUUCCCUGAGAACCUUGUCCAAGCCUGUUUUCAGCAGUACAAAACCACACGUGAAGAAGUGAAGCUUUCUGAGGAGCCAGGGACAAACAGCACCGAAGCGUCUGUCACAGCCAUCAUGACAACUGCCAUUUCCAAGAACAAAACAAAGGAAUAUAAAGUCGUAGGCAUGUAUUCAGAUGGCAUAAAUGUCCUGGGCUUGAUCGUCUUUUGCCUCGUCUUUGGAAUUGUCAUUGGAAAAAUGGGAGAAAGGGGACAGAUUCUGGUGGAUUUCUUCAAUGCUCUGAGUGAUGCAACCAUGAAAAUCGUUCAGAUCAUUAUGUGCUACAUGCCAAUUGGUAUCUUGUUCCUGAUUGCUGGGAAGAUCAUAGAAGUUGAAGACUGGGAAAUAUUCCGCAAACUGGGCCUUUACAUGGCCACCGUCCUGAGUGGGCUUGCAAUCCACUCCAUUGUAAUUCUCCCACUGAUAUAUUUCAUAAUUGUACGAAAGAACCCUUUCCAGUUCGCCAUGGGAAUGGCCCAGGCUCUUCUGACAGCUCUCAUGAUCUCCUCCAGUUCAGCAACACUGCCUGUCACUUUCCGCUGCGCUGAAGAGAAGAACCGGGUGGACAAGAGGAUCACUAGAUUUGUGUUACCUGUCGGUGCUACAAUCAACAUGGAUGGGACCGCACUCUAUGAAGCAGUGGCGGCCGUGUUUAUUGCGCAGUUGAAUGAUUUGGACUUGAGUGUUGGGCAGAUCAUCACUAUCAGUGUCACUGCCACCGCCGCCAGCAUCGGAGCUGCCGGUGUGCCCCAGGCCGGCCUGGUGACCAUGGUGAUUGUGCUGAGUGCUGUGGGCCUGCCCGCGGAGGAUGUCACCCUCAUCAUCGCUGUUGACUGGCUCCUGGACCGGUUCAGGACCAUGGUGAAUGUCCUUGGAGAUGCCUUUGGGACUGGCAUCGUGGAGAAGCUCUCCAAGAAGGAGUUGGAGCAGAUGGAUGUUUCAUCGGAGGUCAACAUUGUGAACCCUUUCACCUUGGAAUCCACAACACUUGACAACGAGGACUCAGACACCAAGAAGUCCUACGUCAAUGGAGGCUUUGCUGUCGACAAGUCCGAUACCAUCUCGUUCACCCAGACCUCACAGUUCUAGGGCCUCUGGCUUCAGAAGACUGGGGGUGGUGAAGGACCUCUCCAGGAGAGUCAUCUCUUAGCAAAUUCAGACAUUAAAUAAGGAAAACACUAACAGCCAAAUGUACAUCUGAUUUGAUAUACAGACCUCCAGAUUAUUUUCUAUAUUUGGAUUCACAGCUUUUGCUCACCAGGUUCUGGGAUUUUGGGGUGGGGUAAGAUGAGAGGAAACUGAUUAAAAAGAAAGCUGUAUUAUCUGGAAUUUUUAAACUCUAUGAGACAGAAUUGAAAAGUACAUAGAAUAGACGUAACUGUUUUAAUUAGGUAAUAGAUGUGAAAGAGAAAUUGCUUUCUCAUGCACAGACCAGUGUUUUGGGUUUUUAAAAUAUAUAUAUAUAUAUAUAUAUUCUGUCAUCGACUAUACAUUUUUACUCAGGCUUUCUAUUGCCAUGGAUUUCCCUUGACCUCUCACAUUUGUAUAGACUAUAAUGAAGCUAAACAACAGCCCCCCCAAAGUUAAUGUGCCAAAUUGUCCACUUUGAACCCAUCUCCAGCCAAUUUCAAAGGAACUACUUUGAAAGAAAACAGACCAGCACAGUUCUGCAAUAACAGUUUUAAGAUGGGUGUGAGAUUUGGGGAGAAGAGAGAUUUCUUUUUCUCAAUGUACUGUAUGGGGACGCUGGUAACUACUGACCCAGUGUUCAGUAGAGAGCUAGAUAUAUAUAUAUAUAUAUAUUAUUUUCAUAUAAUUUGCCAGACAAAGGUCAGAAUUGAACUCUCAAUGUGAAAUAAAGCGCUCUCCUUGUACUUGAAUAAUAACUAUGAUUGCAAUCCAGAUCUGCUUUGGGGCUUAAUCAGAACUCCUCUCUCAUAAGCACUACUAGAAUGAGAAAUCAUGCUAGUUGUUCGUCUCAUGUCUGAGUAUCAGCCCCAAAGCAGAGACACAUUCUGGUAGCACAGCCACUCAUUUAGAGCUUCCAGAUGCUACUGCUGGGAGGCAAUCCAUUAUCAGCUCUACAUAAGACUAUACACAAAGGUGUCACUCAUAUAAGGCUGGAUGGUUUUUAUCCAGCUGAAUGUGUUUAAUAAGUAUUUUAUCCAACUAUAAUUCUCCCAAGGUCAAUUAUACCCACUUAAAAUGACAGUACUUUGCGUUUUUCUACCCAUCAGUCCCAAAUAACAGUGGCAAGGCUUCCAGCUAAGUUGUAUUUUAAUAUAGGUUUGAUGGAUCGAGUAAGCCACACUGGCCAGAAAAGCACUGUCUCUGUCCUAGAUUCUUGCAAAGUAAAUCCCAUGACAUGAGACAUUGGUAUCAGUGGUUCAGGGAAUUCUUGCAUUGAAUGAAACUUGUCUCCUCUUCCAGGAAAGAUGGUUCUAACUAACUAGUAGUCUAGUAAUCUCAGCCCCUGCUCAUUAAAAUCUGUUGCCUGUCAUUCUUCUGCUCAUUUGUGAAGACAGUGUAUUAAAGUCUGUGCUUGACUCUCAUCUUGUAAAUAAUGCUUAACAUAAACUUGUAGUUACACCAAGAUCCAAAAUAGUCCUGUUUCUGCAGUACUGCAUAGCCAAUUUAAGCCUAGCUAAGAAACCAGAAACUGUGCCAAAGAUCAUGGAAUAGUUUGAAAAAGAAAAAAAAGCUCUGUAUUGACCACCUGCACCUGAAAUAUUUAAGAGAAUGAUACCAAAUGAUCAUGUAAACAUAAAAUGGACCCGUGAUUAAAUGUGAAUUUUAAACUGCUAAUAUUGGUGUUAUUUAUAGGAAGUAAAUAUAAAUUCAGCUGAAUCAGUAACUUAUCUUGGGCUGAAUGGUUCAACCCCCUUGGCAGGCUGCUCCGACUUGAGGUACUAGAGCUGACAGAGCUCUUCCUGAACUGCAGGUCAUCCUUAUUUUGGAGUGAGUUUGUAACCAGCCUCUUAACAAACUGUGCUGUUAACUCAUAAAAAAGAACAAUGUUACAUUUCUGUCUCAAUAAACACUGCCUCACUCUUUC